AUGGCCGCCGCUGCGUCUGUGACAGACCUAGACACGUGGACGCGCUCGCUUAUGAGGUCGCAGCGGCUCGGCGGGCGAUUGUCCCUUCCCGGACCCCGUCCCGAGGCGGCGACUAUCCCUGUCAACUGGAGCCUGAGCGAUCAUGGCAACGGGCUCGGGCGGGGAGCGCGUGGCGGCGGCGGCGGCGGCAGUUUGGUCGCGGGCCGGGGCGGCGGAGCGGCGGCGGUGGCUGUGGCACCGGCCCCGGCCCUGAGCGCCAUGCGGCGAGGCAGCCCGGAGCGGGAGCCGGCGACCGGGGGGGAGACGGACGCAGAGGCUGCCAAAGCGCAGGUGGAGGAACUGGUCGGCGUGGACGCGGGUGCGGCCGGGGAGCCCGAGAGCUCGGCGCGUGAGGAGCAGCCCAAGGCCGCGGGCCCAGCCCCGGCGCGGCCUCGCGCGGGCGAGGAAGGCGACUCCCGCGCCCCCCGGAGGCCUCCGCCCGCGCUGCCCCAGGCCCAGCCCAGGCCGGCGGCGCGGGGCCAGUGCGAGCUCGAGAAGCCCCGGGGCAGGAGCUGCGGGCGGAGCUCCGGCUCGCAGCAGCAGGUCACGGUGGACAGCUCCAAGGCCAGGACCUCGCUGGACGCGCUGAAGAUCAGCCUUCGCCAGCUCAGGUGGAAGGAGUUCCCAUUUGGCCGACGCUUGCCUUGUGACAUCUACUGGCACGGAGUUUCAUUUCACGACAACGACAUACUCUCUGGUCAAGUGAACAAGUUUCCAGGCAUGACGGAGAUGGUGCGGAAAAUCACGCUGAGCAGGGCGGUGAGAACCAUGCAAAACCUCUUUCCUGAGGAGUACAGCUUCUACCCUCGCUCCUGGAUUCUGCCCGAGGAGCUCCAGCUCUUUGUUGCUCAGGUCCAAAUGGUGAAAGAUGGUGACCCCUCCUGGAAGCCCACUUUUAUUGUGAAACCAGAUGGUGGUUGUCAGGGUGAUGGAAUCUACCUCAUUAAAGAUCCCAGUGACAUCCGCCUGACUGGGACCCUCCACAGCAGGCCAGCAGUUGUCCAGGAAUACAUCAGCAAACCUCUCCUUAUUGACAAGCUCAAGUUUGAUAUUCGUCUUUAUGUCUUGCUAAAGUCCUUAGACCCCUUAGAGAUUUAUAUAGCCAAAGAUGGACUCUCUAGAUUUUGUACAGAGCCAUAUCAAGAGCCCAGUUCCCAAAACCUGCACCAUGUCUUUAUGCACUUGACCAACUACUCUCUGAACAUCCACAGUGGCAAAUUCAUCCACUCGGACAGUGCCAACACAGGCAGCAAAAGGACAUUUUCUAGCAUUCUUUGUAGACUGUCUUCCAAAGGUGUGGACAUCAAGAAGGUCUGGUCCGAUAUCAUAUCCUUGGUGAUUAAGACCGUCAUCGCCCUGACCCCAGAGCUCAAAGUUUUCUACCAGUCAGACAUCCCUACAGGGAGGCCGGGUCCCACCUGCUUCCAGAUUCUAGGCUUUGACAUUCUUCUCAUGAAAAACCUGAAGCCUAUGCUACUUGAAGUGAAUGCAAAUCCCAGCAUGAGAAUCGAGCACGAGCAUGAACUUUCUCCAGGGGUGUUUGAAAAUGUACCCAGCCUGGUCGAUGAAGAAGUGAAAGUGGCUGUGAUCAGAGACACUCUGCGCCUCAUGGACCCACUUAAGAAAAAAAGAGAUACCCAGUCUCAGCACCCAUCAUCUGGGAGGGACGUUUCAGACAAAGAGCUGACUGGUGAACCGGAUGCAGACCAAGAAGCCCACCUGCCCUCCAUUUGCCUCAAGCAGGUGUUUCCCAAGUACGCCAAGCAGUUCAACUACCUGCGCCUGGUGGACAGAAUGGCAAAUUUAUUUAUCCGCUUCCUGGGAAUCAAGGGGACGAUGAAGUUGGGACCAACUGGCUUCCGUACCUUCAUAAGGAACUGCAAGUUGAGCAGCAGCAGCCUGUCCAUGGCUGCUGUGGACAUCCUCUACAUUGACAUCACAAGGAGGUGGAAUUCCGUGACCCUGGAGCAGCGAGACUCAGGGAUGUGUCUGCAGGCGUUUGUAGAAGCUUUCUUCUUCUUGGCCCAGAGGAAGUUCAAGAUGUUGCCUCUCCAUGAGCAGGUGGCUUCUUUGAUCGACUUGUGUGAAUACCACCUGUCCCUACUGGAUGAAAAGCGCGUGGUGUGCAGCCGGAGCUACCCCCACCAAAAUAGCCCUCCCCAGGAGAGCAACUCCACAACCAAACCAGCUGCAGGCAGCCCCAAACCCCGCAUGAUCGGUGCUAACAAGCUCUCCUACUCCAAACGCGCUCUGUGCUGAAGAAGGCCACCCUAUCCUCCAGGAAGAAGGCAUGCCCUUGGGGACUGGGUGCCCUGGGCUCUCGCCAGCAGGGAGCCACAACUGCGGAGGAUUCCAGCUGCGAUCCCAUGAAUCCUCCCUGUGUCCUGCAGGGCUCUCACCUCACAUGGCUAAUUUCUGGCCACCCUCCCUCACAGCACCUCUUGGUGACCCACCCUACCGGUGGACAUAUGACAUCUGAGAUGUGACAGAUGGUGCCUGUUCUUCCAAGCUCACGGAAAACAGUAACUGGGGCAGAUCUGCUAUGUCUUGUGCCACAGGGGGGCGAGGUAGGGGAGGGAAGGACAGACCAUCCCAAAGCAGAGUGCUGCGGGUAUGUUGAGGAAGCCACGACUGGGGUCUGCUGGGGCCUAUGAGAAAGCCUGCCGGUCAGAGCUUGGGAUCAUCAUGUCUCUUUCCACCUAUUCUCUGAAAAGAAGCAGAAAUAUCAAGAAGGUGGACACUCUGACCAUGUGCUACAUGGGUGUACUUGACAGAUUAACCUCAUUUAUUUUAUUAACUUGCCUAUCUCUGCCAUGUUUGAUUUCUUGCUAAUUAAGAAAUAACAAAAGUAGGUUCUUCA